CAGCAGAGCCGACAGGACCAGGGCCACCAAGUGUCCUUCACCCCCUGGAGCUUAUCACGAUGCAGCUGCUAUGGCUCAGCCUCUUCUUACCCAUUCAGAUCUCAGGGACCUCCAGACUCCCAGUUAUCACACAGAGCCCAGAAACCCUCCUGGUUCAGACUGACAAAGAGGCAAAGUUCUUCUGUGACAUCAGAUCAUCCGCAAACACUUAUGGAAUCUACUGGUUUCGUCAGGUGGCACCUCCCAGCACUGACAGUCGCUAUCAGUUUCUGGUCCAUUCAGACAAGACGACCUUCACUCAUGGGGAGGGCAUCGAUUCAGAACAUGUCCUUGUGUCUGGAGAGGCGUCCAAAUCCACGCUCAGGAUUCUGGAUGUGAAGCCUUCGGAUGGUGGUGUCUACAUCUGUGCCAUUAUCGUAGGUCCUCAACUGGUCUUUGGAAGCGGAACCUGGCUAAAUGUGGUUGAUGUCUUGCCUACAACCCCUACACCCACCAAAAAGACCACUCCCAAGAGGAGAGUAUGCAAUACAACCCCAAAGGUCACUCAACAGAAUGGUUCCCUCUGCAGCGCCUUCACCCUAAGCCUGCUGGUGGGAUGUGCUGUGAUUUUGCUGAUCUCCAUCAUUGUGAUCAUCCGAUUGAAUUAUUUAUGGAAUGUAGCUCGGCACCACUUUGUGAAACAGCUUCAAAGAUGAGUACCCCUUCCCACUCAACCCUCCCCCCAAAAGAUAAAGUUCUUCAAAUAGCCUGCCGAAGAAAUGCACUGGAUUUUAUAUAAGCAGAAUUGGAGGAACUGAGGCAUGAGAACAGCAAUGAACUUUUGAAAUUUUCCUAAGCCAUUGGGGCUGCCUGCUUUGCACCAUUGCCUGUCCCUCUUGUGAGUUGGGUUCAUAGCAUAAGUAUGUUUGGCGGUCAUCAGUAGCAUAACAUUCUCUAAAACCUCGAGCACUUUCCGUAAUUUGCUGAGUGUCAAUGGAUUAUGUGAAAAAGGACGACACAUGACAUAAAUACCAUUUCCUGUUACUUGUGGAAAGAUUCAGACAUGCUCUGGCCCAGAGCCUUUGAAAGUCACCAGUCAGCCGCCAUGUUUGUAGUUUCUCAGCACUGGGUCUGAUGCCAUGAUUCUAAAGUGUCUCUCCAAUGACUGUCUAGCAAAAAUGAGUUUGCAUAAGUGGAAGAUAAAGCGGAGAAACUUCAGCAGGAGCAAAGGCUGUGGAUUGUCCAAUUUGUACAAAGAAGCAGAUGACCUUGGCUCGCAGCAUUGGCUUCUAAUUGCUAGUAUCUGCAUUAUACAACUGACUUUGGUCUCUGGUGUCAACUAGGGUUACUUUGCAUGAUAGAAAGUGGUGCAGCCCUUCCGGUCUGCUAUUCUAGCUCUUGUCUUUGUUUUUUGGUUUUUUUCCCUUUUCUUAUCUCUGAACAAAAAUGUCGUGAGUUUUUUGUUUGUUUGUUUUAAAAUAAAGUCUAAUGUAAAUUGCUGUAGAA